UACUUACUUGCCCGUCCGUACUAAAUGGUGGGGUGCAUUGCUUCCUAUAUUCCAGCAAGGGGUCAAACAUAAGUGCGCGUGAUGCUGCCAUGUUACCCCGAUAUUGCCCCCGCAGUACGGAAGGUAAUUGGAUUUCUCACGCGUUUCAAGGGUGUCCGACAGUUUGUUUGCGCGAUUGUAACACGAUACAGCAGUUAGAAUUAAAUGAUGGUCGGCUAUCGAUUCCGCGUUUGUAGUACUUUGUGCACGCGCAACACACAGUGGCUUAGGUUAGUGUUCCCUCAGCAUUCCUAGCAGGCACACAGCAAGAUGCUGCUCGUUUAUCCAGCGCUUGCUCUGAUCGGAGCCUACUGUUCUCUGUGCUGGUUGCACGACAAUCUCCGCACGCCCGUAUCGCUUCUAUUGCAUAGCAUACUGCAGGUGCUUCUGCCAAAGCGAACGCUGACCGAAAAGUACGGAGAAUGGGCUGUAAUUACGGGUGCGUCGGACGGAAUCGGCAAGGGAUACGCGGAAUAUCUUGCCCGAAAGCGCAUGAACGUUGUGCUGAUUGCUAGAAACGAGCACAAGCUCAACCGUGUGGCCACCGAACUCACCCAGAAAUACUCCAUCAGGACGAAAGUUGUGGUGGCAGAUUUCACCGGAGAGCAGGAUGCAGUGUACGAUCGACUUGCAAAAGAGCUGCUUCCGCUAGAUGUCGGUAUACUGGUGAACAACGUCGGGUUGGCGUACGAGCGUGCCAUGUGCGUGGAUGAACUGCCCAGGAAAGCUGUGCGGGAUCUCCUAGCCGUGAAUGUGGCCUCGGUUACGCUGCUUUGCCACAUGUUGGUGCCAUCGAUGAAACAACGUGGUCGCGGGUUGAUCAUCAACAUUUCAUCGCUGUCGGCUUCCGCUCCUGCACCCUAUCUAACGGUCUACUCUGCUUCUAAGGUGUACGUCCGAAACUUCUCCAUGGCAUUGCGGGAAGAGUUACGUCCUUACGGCGUACAGGUACAGACCGUUCUGCCGGGCUUUGUAAGAACCAACAUGACCGCGUUCGUGGCGACCGAGCAUAAAGAGAAGCAGGUCUCGAGGCAUCUGGUGCAGGUGGACGAUUAUGUACGAUACGCCGGGUUCACGGUCGGCAAAACGGACCGCACGUGUGGCUACUGGACGCACGGGCUGCAGUACGCGGGGCUGAAGCUCGUACCCGAAUGUGUCCGCAUGUUUGUGAUGAAGACAAUUUACAACAGCUUACGAAACGCAGCCGCCAGCGGUGUUGAGAAAGACGACUGAAAUGCAGAAGAGAAAGAAACAUUAUUUAAAACACGAUUUUUUGAUGAACACAAUAAACAGCAUUCGUUGUGGAGUAACCAUUUGAGUAUCCUCCAAGCGGAGCAUUCAACA